AUGUUAAGCAGCGAAUCUAAGGCAGAGUUUAGGAGGGCUGUCAGAGGCAGGUAUUGUGGCAUGUGUACCACUACUAGCGUCACUCCGGGAGAAGAGAGAUGUCAUUUCAAUUAUGACUCCCUUAUCAAGGAUGCGGCACCGUCUAAUUUAACCCAACAGUGUACCAUGGAUAUAGGGCCAGGAGUUCCAGUCAAUGAACCCUCGUGCUACGUCAACGAGGCCGGGACAGAAAUUGCGCCUUGUGAUCUGACCAACAACGAAUGUCAGCCAUCGUGCAUUACAGCCGAAAGGGGAGAUGUCUGCAUUUUCCCAUAUACUUUCCAGAAUUCAUCAUUCAACGGGUGCAUUCAAGGCUCAGUUGUAAGCAGAACACUUUUCAACGGGUCAUCCGACUUCGUUUGUCCGACUCAAUUCGACUUGCAGACUGGAGAAUACUUCAACUUUCAGUUGUGCGGAGACAUUGGAGGCACAUGUGAAAUCCAAGAGACACCGACUUGUUUCAGCGACCCGUGCAAAAACGGUGGAACUUGUCAGGAGACGGGAACUAAUACCCCCGGCUAUAAUUGCGACUGCUCAACAGCAGCCAAUUUUUUGGGGUUAAAUUGUACUCUGGAUGAUCCAUGCGUUCCAGAUCCAUGUAAUGGAGGAAAAUGCUCAGUGAGUGGGAGUGAAUCUGUUGGAUAUACUUUUUCAUGCGACUGUGCUAAUGUAAUAGACGGAAUUGGAGAAACGUGUUCACAAGACAACCCCUGUGAACCUAACCCAUGCAAUAAUGGUGGCGGCGGUACAUGUCAAAUCAGCGGCGUUGAUCACAAUUUUUCGUUCACUUGUAAUUGUUUGACCAACGAUUUUACCGGAGCGGUUUGCCUGGAAAACCCAUGUGACCCUCAUCCAUGCAACGGUGGAAGUUGCUCAGUGAGUGGGAACGAUGCUGUUGGAUUUAGUUUUUCAUGCGACUGCACUAAUGUAAUAGACGGAAUUGGAUUAACUUGUUCACAAGACAACCCUUGUGAACCUAACCCAUGCGAUAAUGGUGGCGGCGGCACAUGUCAAAUCAGCGGCGUUGAUCCCAAUUUUUUGUUCACUUGUAAUUGUUUGACCAACGAUUUUACCGGAGCGGUUUGCCAGGAUAACCCAUGUGACCCUAAUCCAUGCAACGGUGGAAGUUGCUCAGUGAGUGGGAACGAUGCUGUUGGAUAUACUUUUUCAUGCGACUGCGCUAAUGUAAUAGACGGAAUUGGAUUAACUUGUUCACAAGACAACCCUUGUGAACCUAACCCAUGCGAUAAUGGUGGCGGCGGCACAUGUCAAAUCAGCGGCGUUGAUCCCAAUUUUUUGUUCACUUGUAAUUGUUUGACCAACGAUUUUACCGGAGCGGUUUGCCAGGAUAACCCAUGUGACCCUAAUCCAUGCAACGGUGGAAGUUGCUCAGUGAGUGGGAACGAUGCUGUUGGAUAUACUUUUUCAUGCGACUGUGCUAAUGUAAUAGACGGAAUUGGAGAAACGUGUUCACAAGACAACCCCUGUGAACCUAACCCAUGCAAUAAUGGUGGCGGCGGUACAUGUCAAAUCAGCGGCGUUGAUCACAAUUUUUCGUUCACUUGUAAUUGUUUGACCAACGAUUUUACCGGAGCGGUUUGCCUGGAAAACCCAUGUGACCCUCAUCCAUGCAACGGUGGAAGUUGCUCAGUGAGUGGGAACGAUGCUGUUGGAUUUAGUUUUUCAUGCGACUGCACUAAUGUAAUAGACGGAAUUGGAUUAACUUGUUCACAAGACAACCCUUGUGAACCUAACCCAUGCGAUAAUGGUGGCGGCGGCACAUGUCAAAUCAGCGGCGUUGAUCCCAAUUUUUUGUUCACUUGUAAUUGUUUGACCAACGAUUUUACCGGAGCGGUUUGCCAGGAUAACCCAUGUGACCCUAAUCCAUGCAACGGUGGAAGUUGCUCAGUGAGUGGGAACGAUGCUGUUGGAUAUACUUUUUCAUGCGACUGCGCUAAUGUAAUAGACGGAAUUGGAUUAACUUGUUCACAAGACAACCCUUGUGAACCUAACCCAUGCGAUAAUGGUGGCGGCGGCACAUGUCAAAUCAGCGGCGUUGAUCCCAAUUUUUUGUUCACUUGUAAUUGUUUGACCAACGAUUUUACCGGAGCGGUUUGCCAGGAUAACCCAUGUGACCCUAAUCCAUGCAACGGUGGAAGUUGCUCAGUGAGUGGGAACGAUGCUGUUGGAUAUACUUUUUCAUGCGACUGCGCUAAUGUAAUAGACGGAAUUGGAUUAACUUGUUCACAAGACAACCCUUGUGAACCUAACCCAUGCGAUAAUGGUGGCGGCGGCACAUGUCAAAUCAGCGGCGUUGAUCCCAAUUUUUUGUUCACUUGUAAUUGUUUGACCAACGAUUUUACCGGAGCGGUUUGCCAGGAUAACCCAUGUGACCCUAAUCCAUGCAACGGUGGAAGUUGCUCAGUGAGUUGGAACGAUGCUGUUGGAUAUACUUUUUCAUGCGACUGCGCUAAUGUAAUAGACGGAAUUGGAUUAACUUGUUCACAAGACAACCCUUGUGAACCUAACCCAUGCGAUAAUGGUGGCGGCGGCACAUGUCAAAUCAGCGGCGUUGAUCCCAAUUUUUUGUUCACUUGUAAUUGUUUGACCAACGAUUUUACCGGAGCGGUUUGCCAGGAUAACCCAUGUGACCCUAAUUCAUGCAACGGUGGAAGUUGCUCAGUGAGUGGGAACGAUGCUGUUGGAUAUACUUUUUCAUGCGACUGCGCUAAUGUAAUAGACGGAAUUGGAUUAACUUGUUCACAAGACAACCCUUGUGAACCUAACCCAUGCGAUAAUGGUGGCGGCGGCACAUGUCAAAUCAGCGGCGUUGAUCCCAAUUUUUUGUUCACUUGUAAUUGUUUGACCAACGAUUUUACCGGAGCGGUUUGCCAGGAUAACCCAUGUGACCCUAAUCCAUGCAACGGUGGAAGUUGCUCAGUGAGUGGGAACGAUGCUGUUGGAUAUACUUUUUCAUGCGACUGCGCUAAUUUAAUAGACGGAAUUGGAUUAACUUGUUCACAAGACAACCCUUGUGAACCUAACCCAUGCAAUAAUGGUGGCGGCGGUACAUGUCAAAUCAGCGGCGUUGAUCACAACUUUUCGUUCACUUGUAAUUGUUUGACCAACGAUUUUACCGGAGCGGUUUGCCUGGAAAACCCAUGUGACCCUCAUCCAUGCAACGGUGGAAGUUGCUCAGUGAGUGGGAACGAUGCUGUUGGAUUUAGUUUUUCAUGCGACUGCACUAAUGUAAUAGACGGAAUUGGAUUAACUUGUUCACAAGACAACCCUUGUGAACCUAACCCAUGCGAUAAUGGUGGCGGCGGCACAUGUCAAAUCAGCGGCGUUGAUCCCAAUUUUUUGUUCACUUGUAAUUGUUUGACCAACGAUUUUACCGGAGCGGUUUGCCAGGAUAACCCAUGUGACCCUAAUCCAUGCAACGGUGGAAGUUGCUCAGUGAGUGGGAACGAUGCUGUUGGAUAUACUUUUUCAUGCGACUGCGCUAAUGUAAUAGACGGAAUUGGAUUAACUUGUUCACAAGACAACCCUUGUGAACCUAACCCAUGCGAUAAUGGUGGCGGCGGCACAUGUCAAAUCAGCGGCGUUGAUCCCAAUUUUUUGUUCACUUGUAAUUGUUUGACCAACGAUUUUACCGGAGCGGUUUGCCAGGAUAACCCAUGUGACCCUAAUCCAUGCAACGGUGGAAGUUGCUCAGUGAGUGGGAACGAUGCUGUUGGAUAUACUUUUUCAUGCGACUGCGCUAAUGUAAUAGACGGAAUUGGAUUAACUUGUUCACAAGACAACCCUUGUGAACCUAACCCAUGCGAUAAUGGUGGCGGCGGCACAUGUCAAAUCAGCGGCGUUGAUCCCAAUUUUUUGUUCACUUGUAAUUGUUUGACCAACGAUUUUACCGGAGCGGUUUGCCAGGAUAACCCAUGUGACCCUAAUCCAUGCAACGGUGGAAGUUGCUCAGUGAGUGGGAACGAUGCUGUUGGAUAUACUUUUUCAUGCGACUGCGCUAAUGUAAUAGACGGAAUUGGAUUAACUUGUUCACAAGACAACCCUUGUGAACCUAACCCAUGCGAUAAUGGUGGCGGCGGCACAUGUCAAAUCAGCGGCGUUGAUCCCAAUUUUUUGUUCACUUGUAAUUGUUUGACCAACGAUUUUACCGGAGCGGUUUGCCAGGAUAACCCAUGUGACCCUAAUCCAUGCAACGGUGGAAGUUGCUCAGUGAGUGGGAACGAUGCUGUUGGAUAUACUUUUUCAUGCGACUGCGCUAAUGUAAUAGACGGAAUUGGAUUAACUUGUUCACAAGACAACCCCUGUGAACCUAACCCAUGCAAUAAUGGUGGCGGCGGCACAUGUCAAAUCAGCGGCGUUGAUCCCAAUUUUUUGUUCACUUGUAAUUGUUUGACCAACGAUUUUACCGGAGCGGUUUGCCAGGAUAACCCAUGUGACCCUAAUCCAUGCAACGGUGGAAGUUGCUCAGUGAGUGGGAACGAUGCUGUUGGAUAUACUUUUUCAUGCGACUGCGCUAAUGUAAUAGACGGAAUUGGAGAAAUGUGUUCACAAGACAACCCUUGUGAACCUAACCCAUGCGAUAAUGGUGGCGGCGGCACAUGUCAAAUCAGCGGCGUUGAUCCCAAUUUUUUGUUCACUUGUAAUUGUUUGACCAACGAUUUUACCGGAGCGGUUUGCCAGGAUAACCUAUGUGACCCUAAUCCAUGCAACGGUGGAAGUUGCUCAGUGACUGGGAAUGAUGCUGUUGGAUAUACUUUUUCGUGCGACUGCGCUAAUGUAAUAGACGGAAUUGGAGAAACGUGUUCAAUAGACAAUCCUUGUGUUCCUAACCCGUGCGAUAAGGGUACAUGUGAAAUAACUGGCACGAACGGUGACUUCUCGCCAACUUGUAUGUGCUAUAACUGCAGCACAGUGAUCGGGGCGACAACUUCAACAAUCGAAACGCUGCCUCAGAAUACCAGCGAAUCAAUGCCAUUAACCACGACGUCCUUCGAAACAUUGACCGACGAGGAAUCGAACAAGUUCAACAUGCUCUAUGUGUACAUCGGCUGUGGGAUUGUUGCGUUUCUUGUUAUUGCUGUAGCAGUGAACACUGUGUUCUGCUUUUUUUUCAGACGAAGUCAAUUGGCAACAAAUCACAUUAAAAAAAGGACCACCGAUCUGGGCGAAUAUGUAAACAGCCCUCCUUCGAUCAUAAUCGACAGUCCCCAGCAAAUUGAAGAAACGGAAUACGCCGACCCGUAUACGACCUCUAUAGACCCAUAUUGUGCUCCAAACGACGACGUUUAUCAAGGUGUAUAUUACAAAGAAAAUGAUGAAGAUCCGUAUACUGAACCUACCAAUUCAAAUCACGACUCCUGA